AGAACCGCGCCUGGGAGUGCUUAUACUUUCCAUCAGAACCGUUCUGGACGGUGGACGAAAUUUUUGAUUAUGUGAAAUCAUACCUUCACGAUGCACAGCGAGGAGCUGGAAAAAAACAACAGAGGAGUGCAGGAUUUUCGAGGCACAAGUAACGGCGGUCAUAUGACACCCUCACCGGAGGAUAAUCCGAAUCACCUCGUCUACAGGAAGAUGGAGUCCAUUGUAGAGAAGAUGCAAGAUGAAAAUCAUGGAGUUCCAGUACGAACUGUCAAGAGUUUUAUGUCCAAAAUACCCAGUGUAUUUACAGGUUCUGAUUUGGUGGCAUGGAUGAUGAGACAUUUGGAAAUUGAAGACCAAACCGAAGCCCUCCACAUGGCCCAUUUAAUAGCAGCUCAUGGCUACUUUUUCCCAAUUGAUGAUCAUGUUUUGACUGUCAAAGCAGAUGGAACCUUUUACAGAUUUCAGACUCCUUACUUUUGGCCUUCGAAUUGCUGGGAACCUGAGAACACAGACUAUGCCGUAUAUCUUUGUAAACGGACCAUGCAGAAUAAGACUCGACUAGAACUGGUUGAUUACGAGGCGGAGAAUUUGGCCCGGCUCCAAAAAAUGUUUUCCAGAAAAUGGGAAUUCAUCUUCAUGCAAGCGGAAGCGCAAGCCAAAGUUGAUAAAAAGAGAGAUAAAUUUGAAAGAAAAGUUCUGGAUAGCCAAGAGAGAGCUUUUUGGGAUGUGCAUCGACCAGUGCCUGGCUGUGUGAAUACAACGGAAAUUGAUCUGAAGAAGGCUUUCAAAGUCAGUAUGGCUCCAAGAUACACAAAG